ACAUAAUGCACAAUUUCAAACUGUUGUCACAACUUAUUUCAAGUUAACCGUAUUAGUGUUGACUAUAACCUUGAAUGAACUGAGGUUUUAUUAUGCCCAGAGGUGUUAUGAUACGCGCCAUGCAUCAGAUUAAUGAUUUCAAUGAAUCAUAUACUGACAGUAAAUAUGAUAUUUCCGAUGAACAAUAUUACUAUGGAACCAACAAACGAAAAAGAAAAACUGCUGCCCCACAGAAGCGCGAAAUGUCGGAGGAAGCUUGUGAAGAAGACGUGAAAAGGCUAUUGAAAAGUCCUUCCUUCGGCCCUAUAAAUUUAGUAUCAAAGGAAAGUAAUUCAUUCAAUUCUCCAUUGAAUACCACAGAGAAUUCUAUCAGUAUAUCCAGAGAUGAUGCUGUUAACACGUCUUCAGAACAUAUAAGGCUUUAUGCGGCAAUGCUUAACUACUUUCUUAUGAAGUACAGGUCUCCUUUGGACUACAAAUCUGGAUCACUUCCAACAUACCCUCCAACUACCGAAAAUAACCACAGUUUCGAAAAAACACCUAUCAGUACAUUCCAAAAUAGUCUCUCAGAGCUCUUUUGUGCUACACAUACACAACAAAAUACAAACCCCUUGAGUGUCCCUCCUAACGAACAGUGUCAAAUUAAUGGUUCACAUAACGACGAUUCCUACUAUAACCCUAAGGAUUUUGAUGGUUUAUAUAAGAACAUUAUUUCAAAAUACAGUGCAUAUAUGGACUGGAGGCAAGCUAUAAUGAAUUCAAUUAGCACAUGUAUAACCAAUAUACCAGUUCCAAAAUCCGGAUUUCCGAAUUAUGAAGCCAUGUCGGCUUGUUACAAAUCCCUUAUAGACAGAGCUUAUGCUUUGCAGCAGUCUGUGGAAUUAUACUUUCGAAUGAUCCAAAAUUGUCUUUCAUAUGAUCAACUUCAUGGUUCGAACUUUAAUGGUGUUGGUAUUAAUUCUCCAGUACGAAACACCGUCUGGAGUGGACAGACAAGCAGCAUGAACAGCUUAUCUACUCAAUCAUCAUACCCUCCAAGUUCGUAUUCCACUGUGAAUUUAUCAGCUGUUCUUACUGAUAUUCUUCAGUCGACUAACUCAGCAUUAAAUUCUCAAGAUUUUUCAUCUGAAUAUAAGCAACCUACUGGAACUGUGUUUGAUCAUUCCAACCAGUCAUCAGGUACCUAUAUACCUGUAUGUCAGACACAAAAUAUCCUACAAUCCCCGGUGGAUUUAACGAACUCCGACAGAUAUAAAACAGUGACCACGUGUCUUUCUGCUAUGAUGCAGGAAAAUGAAACAAAAACCCAAAACUCAGAUAAAUCAAAUAAAGAGAACUCAUAUGAUUAUCCAUGCAAUAACGAGUCAGAUGGCUGUGAUGUUCCGCGGAAAUCUGAGUGUAACUGGAUUCAAACUUUAGAAAGAGAUGCUGAAUUUACAUCUUCAAAUUCUAGCAGCCAUGAGGCAAUUCCUGAAGUUGACCCAAGAAAUGGUUUCAUCAACCAAACUUUAAAACACAGUACAAGUAACAUGUUAUGUGACUCGCUAAUCACCUGCUCUCCAAGAUCAAAUAUGAACAUAAAGAAGAAAAGCUAUUUUAAGUCUAAGCGUGUUAAAAAGCCAUUUAGUUCCACUUCACAGCCGAAUAUUAAUAAUAUCUCCGUUGACAGUUCUCCAAAGAAGUCUAAUUUUAGAGGGACAAGUGAAGAGGAAAACAAAGUGGCCCCAAACUUCAAACCAAUAGAAGUUAAUAGUCAAAUACUUUUAUCGGAAGCUCAUCCAAAUGUUAAACUAUCCAAGGAUAUAUUCUACAGUUUGAUAGUUAAAUCAUCUGGCAGCGCUACACGACUUAUUCGACUACUAAUGAAAAGUUUUUUUACACAAGACGAAUUAGCUGCUUCAUCUUUAUCUGGUGAAGGCAUAUAUAAACAACGUUUGGAGCCAAGUGUUACAGAAGCGAUAAAAAUUUUCAUACGCCAACGACAUCCACAACUUAAAACUGGAUCAAUCAACCUGUGUAUGACAGAUGUCUGUGUACAAGCUAGACGCGUAGCUAAUAAUCAAAGAAGUCGACAACAUCCUUUAAGAAUUUCACCUUGUCGACAAGAAGAAUCUAUCAAAUCACAAGGGAAUAGUAAUACUAAUCAUAAUAUUAAUGAUCAAAAUGAAUGUGACAACAGUGUACUAGGUGUUAAAAGUCGAUUGCAUAAUUCCAAUCGUUUUAAUUCCACUACAAAACUAUCAAAACAUAAUCAUCAUCCAUAUCCACAUGACUGUCACAGCGAUGAUCUGCCAACAACACCGCCACCACCACCACCGCCAACAACCACAGCGACAACAGCACAGCCAUCACCCAUACCUUUAACAAAUGAAUAUGAUACAAAUUAUUCCAUUGAAAUACCAAAAACUGAAAUCACUGAUUUGCGUUUAUCAGAAUCCUCAGAAAUUGAUGAUGAACCGAUUCUACAAGUGGUCGAUGAAGGCCAGGAUGUUGUUUCCGAUGAAAUUGAUACACCAGCGUCUUGUUCUGUUCAUUCUUUUGUAUCAUCAGAACAAAAAUAAGCGGAGAAGAAGAUGAUUUAAUCCAUACACUACACUCCUCACUCACUCACUCACUCAGUCACUCACACACACACACACACACAAUUACAGGCUGUGAGAAUUUCUUGUCAAUAAAUACACACGUCAGUGUUGUUCCACAUCAAAUAUACAUAUAUAUAUAUGUAUGUAUGUGGAUAUCAAAUUGAAUGCAUAGAAUAAAUAUUUGUGAAUAGUUUCCAUUGGUAAAACAAAAGGGCAUUAUUUCUCUCUUUUCUAGACAAUCAAGUAGUAUACAAAAGCAAACAAAAAAAUUCUAGCAGCAGCAGCAGAAAGCAGCAGCACCAGAAACACAGUUUAUACUACUGAAUUAAAAAAACAACUAUGUGAUUACAUCGAAUUUCUACUCUUUUUUUAAAAAAAAAUUCUCUCUUCAAAAUGACAAUUGUGUGAAGCUUUUUUGUGAUAAAUAGUCAUUAGGUUUCAUUAGUUAGUUUAGUCUACAGGGUAUUUUAUUUUGUGUAUAUCUCUUGUUCCCGUCCCGUCCAUCCCUUUCACCUUCCGCCAUCCACCAAUACAACAGUUCUGUUCACUGUCAAUUUUUUAUUGUUAUUCAUUAUUUUACAAGAUUUUUAUCUUAUCGAUUACUGAUUUUGGUUUCUUUUUCGUUUCGAUAUUACUUGGCGAGUCGAGUGUCUGUUGUUGUACUUUUUGUUUGGCGGUUUCAUCUUCCCUGUUGAACAGAUAUAUCAGGUUCCAUGCUUAAGAGUGGUGGGAAUUCUUCUCUUCUUCUUAUCAUCAAUUUGAAGGCUAUUCAUGAUACAGUUAUGAAAGAAGAAAAGAAAACUUGUAUCCACUAUUAACUCCUUCCUCCUUUUUUGUUUUAAAGAGAUAUCCUUGGUAACUUUAUAUCAACAACAACAACAACAACAACAGGAAAGAGGAAAGUGCUUCCUGAAAAGUGAUUUGUUCAAGUGUGCACACAAGAUAACCACAUAUAUGUACACACAUUUCUCACUCAAUUUUAUGAUUUCCGUGAUAAAUUUAUUACCCAACCUUCCCCUGCCUCAGUCGCCCCACCACCCCCCCCCACUUCAACGAAAGUCUACUUCAAGUCUAACACUAAUAAUGACAAUAAUCACUGGUUAUUUUAGAAUAAGGGAAAUAAAUGCGGUGUUUUCUGAUAUUCAGAUCAACAGGGGGUUGAAAUAUGGUGUAUAAACUAGUCCAUAUAUAUAUAUAUACUUAUAUUCUUACGUUUACCAUUUUUAUUUGUUAUUCCUUAUCUAAAAACUCCAACAUACUGAAAAAAGUGAAUACGAAUUCAGCUGUUUAACUCCUCUC